UUGAGAGAUGUUUAGAAGUUUUUUUUACCACAUAACAUGUUUUUCACGACGAAAGAGUAGAAAUAAUUGUGGAUGGGUGGAUACUGUGACACUGCUUUGUAAGCCACUAGAAUCUCCAAUAAAUAGUGCUUCUCUUAGUCUUUAGGGAUUCAACACAAGUGCAAAAAGAUGGAACUUUUGAGCAAUUUUGGGGCCAUUUUGGGAGCUCUUUUAGGGUUAUACAUCCUUGUCUUUGGAUUCCUAAGGAAAUUCAACGACAUAUGGUAUCGUUUUAAGUUGGGAAAGAAUGUUUACAAUGCCCUCCCUCCCGGUGAUAUGGGAUGGCCUCUUGUUGGUUCCUCUCUAUCGUUCUACCAAGCAUUUAAAAUCGGUGGCGACCCUAACGCUGUUAUGGAUAAUCUCAUUUCUAGGCAGAGAUCGGACCAGCAAUCAUGUCCAUUUUCCCUUAUAACUUGCCAGGAUUCAGUUACCGUCGAGCACUCAAAGCAAGGAUCAAGGUGGAAAAUAUCGUCCGACCCGUGAUACAAAAUAGAAAAAAGGCAUUAGAAAACAAUGUAGAUUUGGAAGAGACAUGUCAAUUGGACGCAGUGAUUAAGGCAACGGAUAAGAAUGGGGAGAGAGUAUUCAAUGACAACGCAAUUAUUUGCAUGCUACUUGGACUGCUAUAUGCUGGUUAUCAUACCUCAGCUCAUGGUGCUCAGUGGACAAUGGUUCAUGUUUCAGAAAACCCAGAUGUCUACCAAAAGGCCAAGGAAGAGCAAGAGAUGAUCAUCAAGCAAAGACCACCUAAUCAAAAAGGAUUGAAUUUUAAGGAAAUUAAACAAAUGAAGUACACCGCAAAGAUCAUCAAUGAAGUAUUAAGACUCAAUAACAUUGUGUUCACAAAUUUUCGCAUGGCAACCAAAGACGUAAAUGUCAAUGGUUAUACUAUACCAAAAGGAUGGAUUGCAGCAAUGUGGAUUAGAGGCGUACACAUGGACGAUAAAAUAUAUGAAAAUCCAUUGGAAUUUAAUCCUUCAAGAUGGGAUAACUAUACUCCAAAACCAGGAGAGUAUAUCCCAUUUGGAAUUGGAAGCAGGUUUUGCCCUGGAAAUGAACUUGCAAAGCUUGAAAUGACCGUUUUGCUUCACCAUUUUCUUCUGGGCUACAGAUGGGAAAGAGUGAAUCGAAAAGCUCUAGUCAGCAACAUCCCAAUUCCCGCGCUUGUUGACGAAUGUCUCACCAACAUAACUAAGCUCCCAAGUUAUUAGUAGUUGUUAUGAGAGAUUUAUGUUUUGCAUUUGGAUCUAUAAUCUAGAAUGAAGCAUCUGUUUUCACUAGCUACUUUCCUAUGUUAUUAUGUCAAUUAGUUGAUGAUAAUAAAAUUCAUGUUACUUUGUGUUGUUUAUCAA